AUGAAUGCGCAGCUGCUCAAUCCAUUUGCAAGGGACACGCCAGAGCGCGUAGGUGGUACAUUGGAGAAUGCAUGCGCGAAUUGCCUUGCAUUUAACGGAAGCAAGGGGCUGUUCGCAGGAAACUAUCUUGCGGUAGGAAGAACCGACGGGCUGGUUUCUGUUUGGGAUCUCGAGACGCGCACGGUUCUGCGCUGGUACGGCGCACAUGUAAAAACGGUAACGAGUGUGAGCUGGUCGCCGUAUAAUCGGUACUUGGUCUCGUCGUCGCUCGAUUGGAACGUCAACAUUUUUGAUCUCGCGACGAAGCAUGGGCGUUGUGUGCGUACGCUUCGUUUCGACGCGCCCGUAACACAGGCCGUGUUUUCGCCACAUACAAGCCGGCUUCUGCUUGUAGUAUUUGAAUCUCGGCAAGGCCUCCUUGUCGCGUUUCCCUCCGCGCAAGACGUAUCCACCAAACCGCGUCGCAUACCCCUUGGACAGGGCACGAAAGUGCACGAAAUGAUUUCCUCGGCGUGCUUUACUCCCGAUGGCAGGUGGGUGGCGGCCGGCACAACAAAAGGUGGCAUUGCACUAUUUGAUACCCAAACCGGCGCUCUCGCUGGCGACGCAGUGUCGGUCGGCGCUUCUUCGAUUCGGCAGAUGGGCUUUGACGCGACAGGCAAGCACCUUGUUGUGAACAUGAAUGAUCGCACGAUCCGCACUUUUCGCGUCGUAUACCGCAGUCCUGACGACAUGGAAGUAGACGUACUGUGCUCCCCGCUUGAGCUCACGCUCCGCCACAAGUUCCAGGAUCUGGUGGGCCGUACUCCGUGGAACGGAAUUGCAUUCAGCAGCGACGCGGAGUAUGUGAUGGGCGGCGCGUCGCGCGAUGCGGCGCACAACGUGUAUAUAUGGGAUCGCGAUAGCGGCGUGCUUGUCAAGAUUUUGGAAGGGCCGCGCGAGCCGCUGCUUUUUGCCCAAUGGCACCCAUUGCAGCCGCAGAUUGCUUCUAUUGCAUCCUCGGGCGAUGUGCACCUUUGGUCGACCAAGGCUACGGAAAUUUGGAGCGCAUACGCACCCGGAUUCGAGGAGCUCGAAAAGAAUGUAGAGUACGAGGAGCGCGAGGAUGAAUUUGAUUUGGAGGACGAGGCCGUACGGAACCGCAAAAAGCGCGACGAGGAAACGGGGUUCGUAAACAUUUUUUCUACUGGACCUGCGUCGGACGCCAUGAUUGUGCAGAGCCUGGCGCCCCCGCAGCUCUAUCGAGCGCAUUCCAACCUGGAAGCGUGGCUGGGAAAUGGUCCAUGCCCCACAAGUCGCUUCGUCGACGACGACGAUCAGGUGCGGUUUUUUAUCCCCCCGCUCCUGGAAGAAAAUGUUGCGUAG